AUGCCAACCAUGGAUGACAUUCUAGAGCACAUAGGGGAAUUUGACUUUUUCCAGAAACAGACAUUUUUCCUGUUAGCUCUACUCUCUGCAGCGUUCACCCCCAUCUACGUGGGCAUCGUCUUCCUGGGCUUCACCCCGGACCACCGCUGCCUGAGCCCCGGGGUGGCCGAGCUGAGCCGGCGAUGUGGCUGGAGCCUGGCAGAGGAGCUGAACUACACGGUGCCCGGCCCGGGGGCCAUGGGCGAGGCCUUCCCCCGCCAGUGCCGCGGCUACGAGGUGGACUGGAACCGGAGCGCCCUCAGCUGCGUGGACCCUCUGGCCGGCCUGGCCACCAACAGGAGCCACCUGCCGCUGGGGCCCUGUCGCCACGGCUGGGUGUACGACACGCACGGCUCGUCCAUCGUGACCGAGUUUAACCUAGUGUGUGCCAAUUCCUGGAUGCUGGACCUGUUUCAGUCGACUGUGAAUGCAGGAUUUUUUAUCGGUGCUGUGGGUAUCGGCUACCUAGCAGACAGGUUUGGUCGUAAGCUCUGCCUCUUGGUGACGAUCCUCAUAAAUGCUGCAUCUGGAGUUCUCAUGGCCGUUUCCCCAAACUAUACAUGGGUGUUAAUUUUCCGCUUGAUCCAGGGGCUGGUCAGCAAGGCAGGCUGGUUAAUAGGCUACAUCCUGAUUACAGAAUUUGUCGGGCUGAGCUAUCGGAGAACAGUGGGUGUUGUUUACCAAGUGGCCUUCACCGCUGGGCUCCUGGCAUUGGCUGGGGUGGCCUAUGUGCUUCCUCAUUGGAGGUGGCUACAGCUCACUGCUACUCUGCCCAACAUCUGCUUCUUGCUCUAUUACUGGUGCAUACCUGAGUCUCCGAGGUGGCUGAUCUCCCAGAACAAAAGUGCUAAAGCCAUGGGAGUCAUUAAGUACAUCGCAAAGAAAAAUGGAAAAUCUCUGCCGGCCUCCCUUCAGAGCCUCAGACCUGAAGAGGAAGUUGAUGAGAAGCUGAAUCCUUCAUUUCUUGACUUGGUCAGAACCCCUCAGAUAAGGAAACACACUUUGAUCUUGAUGUACAACUGGUUCACAAGCUCUGUUCUCUACCAAGGCCUCAUCAUGCACAUGGGCCUUGCAGGGAGCAAUAUCUACUUGGAUUUCUUCUACUCUGCCCUGGUGGAAUUCCCAGCUGCCCUCAUCAUCAUCCUCACCAUUGACCGUAUAGGUCGUCGGUUUCCAUGGGCUGCAUCAAAUCUCCUGGCAGGAGCAGCCUGCCUCGCCUCCGUUUUCAUCCCUGAGGAUCUCCAGUGGCUAAGAGUCACAGUCGCGUGCUUGGGUAGAAUGGGGAUUACAAUGGCCUAUGAAAUGGUUUGCCUGGUCAAUGCGGAGCUGUACCCCACAUUCAUCAGGAAUCUUGGUGUCCUUGUCUGCUCCUCCAUGUGUGACAUCGGUGGUAUCAUCACGCCGUUCCUGGUCUACCGGCUCACCAACAUCUGGCAUGAGCUUCCGCUGGUGGUUUUUGCGGUGGUUGGCUUGGUUGCUGGGGGACUGGUGUUGCUGCUCCCGGAGACCAAAGGGAAGGCUUUACCUGAGACUAUUGACGAAGCUGAAAACAUGCAGAGACCAAGAAAAAAUAAAGAAAAGAUGAUUUACCUCCAAGUCAAGAAACUAGACAUUCCCUUAAACUAAGAAGAGACCACUAUUGCCACGGCCUUGCUGUGAAGAUACAAGUCCAGACCAGAGAUUCCUCCAUUCACCACAAAGCCCAUGCAACUCAACCUUACUCCCCUUUGAACCCUACAAACUUAGACCUAUAGCCGAAUAGAGUUUGUUGUCCUACUAUAUUAAAAUCUUCCCAUGGGACCAGAUCCCACCAAAGCCCACCAGCUCACUCCAUUCCCAGAAUUCGUAGGACAAUGCCAUUGGUGUGCUGGGAAUUGUUUUCAUCUUUGUAUUUCUUUAUUUUAUUCCUUUCUCCACAAUGAUAUCAAACCAAAACACAUAGGGGAAUUGUGGGCCAGGGAAACAAAAUAGAAAAGAUCUGAAAAACAAUUAAGUGGGAGCAGAGACCCUGUUUUCUUAAAGAUAUACUACAGUUAAAUAAUAUCAAGUUGUCUGGAAUGUAUGUCAGGAACUUUAAAUUGGCUUUUCAGUGUCAUGUGUGAAAAAUUUUUUAAAUACCUUCAUUAUCAUCUGGGUUAGACUUUAAAGGAACCUAAAAUAAAAGAAUCAGAACUACAACCUGAUUAAUCACUAAAUCUCCCCUAUUUAGACUGAAUGAGUACAAAUGUGUACUUUUUACAAAAAAAUCUUGAGACGAGUUUGAUAAAAAGCAGUAUUGAAGUUGGCUUAAUAAACCAACAUGGGAAAGUUUCACUCCAACAAAAAUUGCUCUAAAUUUGUGGUUUAAAAAAUUAUAUUAAUAUUUUACCAUGGUAAUAUAGUAAAUAAAAGCUUUUAGAAGCUGAAUACCUCAAGGCCUCUAAUGAAAAACAAAAGUUCCUUACCCCAUUCCACUUCUAUCAAUGCCUCUGGAAUAAUUUUCAACUAUUUUAGCUGGAUUUUUUUUUCCCUUGUGAUUUAUCUUUACAUAGCUGAAUAACUUGCUUUAAAUGGACACCUCUUGACUUUUUCAUUACCUAUUGACUUUUUUAUAUAAAAUAUAAAGAUUUAGCUCUCUUCAAAUCUCUCCUCAUCCCAAACCACAACUUCUCUCUUCUCUUCACACUCCGUGUUAUCACAUUUUUAUUCAAUCAAAAGUUGACAUUCACAUUGUUAUGGCUGCGUAACUAUUUUUAACAGCUGAGCCACAUAGUGUACUAUGAUCAUGCUUUUACUCUUUCACAGCAUUUUGUUUCUCUUGAGCCUUGGUUUUUAUUGCUUGUUUUCUAUAUAUGCACCAUCAGUUUUCCCCUAACUCUCUGAUAAAACAAGAAGUCUCUCAGUGCAUUCAGACACAGCUCCUUCUUCCAGGGAGCCCUC